GGUCACUUACUGAUAUAUCCCAGAGCUUGAUGUGCACUGUUCUCAUGAGAUAAUCAACAUUAUUCACUAGAUCUACGUGGUGAUAAUGUUUUGUCCCAUUGGUUUAUGUUGACUUGGCUUUGUAACCAAACAUGAGAAUUUUAUUUAUCCAACAGAACAGAUUGCAGGUACAGUUUAUUUCUCUUUGACAUUGCAUCCAGUGGAUUUGUUUACACUGUGACAUCCAAAGUCUAUCACAAUGAUGUAUGAGUCAGCCAUUGUAAAAACAGGCUCAGUUAGUCCAAACGAAGACGAGGGUCAAAGUGCCAAUGAGCAGCAGUCACAGUGCAUUUAUUUGUUCUCUCUCUGUUGACUGUAUCAUUCCCUCUGCUGUCAGACUGACUGGGCUUUUUCACCUGGGACGAGAAAGAACAGAAGCUGCAACAUGGGCAAUUUUAUCAGACGUUGCCUUGGAUACGAUGUUGAUCAGACGGAGGCAACAAACAAAAAACACAAGAAUAAAAAGGAUGUGAAACCCAGCUGCCAACAGUGUGAACAACUUGAACUUGAAUUUAACGAAAGAAUGACUGAGAUGAAAAGAUUGAACCAAGAGAAACUUCAGGAGGCAAGAUCUGCUCUGAACCAAAAAGAGGAAGAACUGAAAUCAUUCAAAGACAGUUUGACUGGGAUGGAAACAUUUUACAAAAAGAAACUUCAGGAGACAAGUUCUGCUCUGAAACAAAAAGAUGAGGAACUGAAAUCAGUCAAAGACAGAAUGACUGAGAUGGAAACAUUUUACAAAGAGAAACUUCAGGAGGCAAGAUCUGCUCUGAAACAAAAAGAGGAAGAACUGAAAUCAUUCAAAGACAGGUACUGUACACUAGGACUGGGACAAUAUGCGUGUAUAGUCAUUUUUAGGUAUUGUGACUCUACUGGUAUCUCAUUUUAACAUUAGAAUGGGGAAAAAAAGUUUAGUCACUAC